AAUGUGGGAGUGGCUAAUGAAAAAAGGAGCAAAGGGGGGAGUGCACUAGAUGCAAAAGAGAAAAACGUCUGUGUGUUGUAGGGCGCGCUAGAUCAUGCACGCUACAUUAUGGUUUGUGUAAAGCAUUGGGUUACAUUUAUGACGAGGACCAAAUAUUUCCACAGAAGGACUUACACUCUCCGAAGUUUGGAGCAAGGGAGCCAAAGGAAACAUGGCCGAAGGAGGAGUGGGGACUGGUGCAGGGAGCCAUCGUCCCGAGGCGCAGGAAGGCACUGGCUCCUCUCACAUGUACGGCACAGGCCACUGUAAGUGGUUUAAUGUACGAAUGGGCUUUGGAUUCAUAUCAAUGACAAAUCGCGGAGGAACACCUAUUGAUCCUCCAAUGGACGUAUUUGUUCACCAAAGUAAGCUGCACAUGGAGGGGUUUAGGAGUCUGAAGGAAGGUGAGGAGGUAGAGUUCUCAUUCAAGAAGUCCUCCAAGGGACUGGAGUGUGUGACAGUGACUGGGCCUGGAGGAGUGCACUGUAUAGGCAGCGAGAAAAGACCCAAAGGGAAAAACGUGCAGCAAAAACGAAAGCCAAAGGGAGACCGCUGUUACAACUGUGGUGAUCUGGACCAUCAUGCCAAAGAGUGUGGCCUCCCUCCACAACCCAAAAAGUGCCACUACUGCCAGAGUGCCUCCCACAUGGUGGCACAUUGUCCCCACAAAUCGCCCUCAGCCUCUCAGGGAAGAUGUAGCUUAGAGCCGUGCAGCUCGAGCUCUGUCCAGAUCCCAAGCCCUCAAAGAGCCUUGUACACAUCUCAGGAAAGCUCCACCCUUAGCAAAACCUCUAGCUCUCCCACACUGAAAGCUGCCUCAUCACAAAGAAAAAAGAGGAAAAAAUGAGUUGCUUUAUCAUCGCACCAGUCUUUCAGGCUGCCUAGUUUUAUCCAGCACUUCAUUGUGAGAAUUAUACUGGAUUCACCCUACCUCAGACCAGCGAGUUAAGGCCAGGUUAACAUCUCUGGAUCUCUUUAACCUAAAGAGAGGGAAUGCAUGCUGCUUUUUUUUUUCUUCUUCUUCUUCUUUUGGAUUCAUGAUCAACUGCACUGUGAACGAGUGCAAAUGGUUUCCCAGUGCUUUUAAGAGACUGAGACCUUAUGCACAAUAUAUACAUCUAGCAAGAAUGCAUUUUGCUAAUUUUAUUGCUUUGCUGUUUAUUCUUGACCAUGUUCUCCAACUUGAAUGCAGUAUAAAACAUUUAAAACAGAUGCAGGGAUUCUUGACUUCAGUAGGCACGUUAUACAAUCUUGAGCCAAAGAAAAUAAGAGAUUGGUGUUCUCUUAUAGGUUUUUAAACGUUUAAACAUACUUCCUGUAUUAGUAUGCUUAAUUCCCCUUUCCAUUACUCUAAAGCCACAACACACUAUAUCGCCACCCUAUUUGUUCAUUUGAAAGUGUCUGCAAUCGUGGGAUGUCUACAGAGAGAAAUUUUCUUUUUAUUGUCUACAUGUUUUAAAAUCAGGUUCCAAAUUUAACUAUGAGUAUUGAUCUCUUUUGUCUGAGAUCAGAUUAGAUCCUUGAAUACUACUGUCUCUUAAUACUGUUAAUGUAAACAUUAUAUUUUGGGUGAGGAAAACGUCUUGCAGAGACCAUUUAAAACUGAAAAAAGUGUAAUUAUUUGAAGUGCAGGAUUUUAAGCACACAUGCACCAUAAUAUCUGAAAACAGAUUUCUUGUUAAGUGUGUUAAUGUAGGAGUCAGACAUGAAGGAUAUGAUGUAAAAGCAGUAGCUAGUUCUACAUUAGGCAAUCAUGGCAGUAUUAACUGAAUCAUGUAGUGGAUGAACAGACAUGAAGAAGCACAAUGGAUUUUAUCUGGUAUUUAUAAUUAAUUUUUUCUUCUUCCUUUUUUAUAUAAAGAGGUAAGUUUUCUACCAUCAAGUUCAUGCUUAUUUUUACUUGCUUAUAAUGGAGGUUUUGGGAAGUUGGUACAGCUAAGUAACAUUUCUGUUAAACUUAUUCUGAAUCUUUCAUAAAGAAGUGGUUAACAAAUACGUUUCCAACUAAUCAUGCACAGAAAUAUAAAACAUUUGGGUAAAGUGAGCAGAAUUCCAUAUUUUAAAUGUUUAUUGAAGGAAUUUAAUAACUACCUUUAGACUUCCAUUAUAAGUGAAAGUGAAGUAAAUGAUUCGCAGUUGUUUUGUGUUCUUUUAAUUGAACCUCCUAAUAUGAUUAACUCUUAAGAUAUGGGCCAUAUCAGUGAAUAUAUAUUCUUAGUAAUAAAAAUCUUUCCUUUUUUAAUCAUUUAAGUAGCUGCUUUUUAAAAUUGGCUAAAAGUAAUAUAAAAAAAAAUAAUCAUUAAAAAAAUUUAAGUAAUGGGCUUAAAAAAAAAAUAGAUUCCAAUUUCUAGACAUACUGUAUGCAUUCUCAUAAGCAGAUAUUGCAGGAUUAGUCUUCAGUUCGUGUGUUGUUCAAAAACGACUUGUCAGCUUGAUGUAUUUUCUUAGAAAUAGGGAAAUGGGUAGAGUUUUGCCUGAAUUGAACAUCUAGUCAAUCUAAGGUGAAGUAAGUUAAUGGUGCAUAUAUGUUUACCAAUUAUUUAUACAAUCUUGCAUGUAGUUCUUUUCAAACUAACAGAAGGUGGAGUUUUAGUAAUAAAUGAUCAAUCUUUAUUCUAUUUUAUUUUAACAACUCAGCAGUUAGAUUUGUUAUCUGUGGCACAACCAACAUAAGCCAACCUGAAUCCCUGACUGUUCCACAGAACUGAACAAUGAGCUGCUCAGUGAAAAGCCUCCUCUCAGGGACUUGUUUAACAAUUAUGUAACUUAUGUCAAUAAUUUAUAGCUAGUUUAUUUAUAAACAGGCUUCUUAUAUGUGUUUAACUGUUAAAAAAAGUAAUCUGUAUGAAAUAUAGAGGUUGUAAAAAUUAAAUGGAAAUGCUCAUGAUACUUUUGCAAUUUUUGCUUCUAACGUUAUUACUGAAGUUUAAAAAUGUACUUAAUGUAAUAAUGACUUGCUGGACUUUACUGUACUGACAUAUCUGUAGUAAUGGAUACUUGUAUCAUGUUCAGGUAAUAAUGUUUCAAAUUCUGCAUAAACAGGCUAGUAUUGUACCUGCUGUUUUGAGAAGUUUAGUGCCUCCUUGUGGUUAUAUAGGGCAUUUUCUCUGUAGUGUUCGUGAUUUUUAUUUUUUUUUUGUUUUCUUCCUCCCUCAGUUUACAGUAACUCCUACCUCAGUCGUUUUGUUCAUGAAGGUCAUUGCCUUUGACAAUUUUUUUUAGAAAAUUUAGAGCAACAUAAGUGACUUUAAAUGCAAUUUAUUGUAAAAUGCUUCUGUUGUUUAUACGUACAAUAUCGUGUGCAUAAUUGACCUUUUAUUAGGAGUUUGUCACACUGCUAAAACAAGACAAAUGUACUGCUUGUCUUUUUGAUCUGAGAUGUUUCACAGCUGUGCGAGCUAAAAUCUUUUCUAAUCUCCUUCUAAUCAGCAGAAUGUUUUGGAGUUUUAGAUCUAGAGGUUUUCUUCUUUAAUAAACUUACCUACUGACGUGACCAUUGUUCUGUAUAAACAUGAGCAAAUGAUUGUUUUUUAUGCUUUUUGUUAAAAUUAUUAAAUGAAGCCGAGAUUUUGAUUAAAAAUGGUUGUGCCUGUUAAUAUUCAUGUGCUUUUUUUUUCCAAACCAAAGAAUUUAACUGUCUGUUUGGUUUGUUAGCUGUGAUGAAAAACUAUUUUCUUUUCAUUAUGUGACUGAAUGCAAAAGCAAAGAAAAGUUCUCAGGAAUAUUUGUCUUCUUAGAGUGUCAGAUUUUUAAUAUAAUAAAGUGACAUGAUUUUGUUUGUGAUAUUUUAUGUGUGGACCCUACCAAGCUUUAGAAACAUUACACAGUAUCUCCAGGAUUUUUCAGUUUUGCAUUUGGAGAAAUAUACAGACUAUCAAGCAUUUUAUUUAUUUAUUUACUUUUUUAAUUUUUAAAAAUGACUCCAGAAAUUCUGCAUAUUUGAGCCAAGACACACCUUGUGAUGUCAUUUGCGAUGUGCAUUGAACAUGUGUACAACUAUCAUAUAAAAUAAUUACAAAUGUG